AUGGAUUUUAGGAAAUCCUCUACUGGUGAGAGCCUUAUGUGGCUGGGUUCUAGUUUGAUGGGUUUGGGUGAUCAACUUCCAAAAAGUGCUGUUCUCGAAGAGGGAUGGGUUAUAGCGAUUGACGUUGAUUGGACACGUAAAUUUCCAAGCGGUAAAGAUUUUAGUCGUGAGGAUGUAAAGACAGUAGGUAAAGAUUAUACAGAUUUACAUAGUGGUCUUGCAGAUCUUGAAGGAUUACUUGAACAAAGACAAGAGUAUAUUGCUUCAAUUGAGCAACAAAGCCGUCAUGCAAAUAAUCACUCAUGA